AUGCAGGAGGAAAGGCCACCCUCAUCGCUCACGGCAGCCGUGCCUGCAGGGCGCAUCAUCGCGCGACUUUCUGCAACGCUGCGGCAAACAGAGCAAGCGUGCGCCGAAGUGUCAAGUAUUGAAGGGCUUCUAUGCUCUCUGUCAGCUGGUGUCGAAGAUCUGACUCGUGCCUCAGCGAUGUCAGUGGAUACGAGGACAACCAAGUCCUCACUGGAGAGACGCAACACAGAUGAGCUCACCAUGGAGGUGCAUGUACCGCCUCAGCCCACAGAUGGAUCAUCUCCGUACAACUGGGUGGAUCGUCGAACCUUGUGCUCAGCGUUGGAGGGCAACAAUGUGUUUCACAGAAGCGGCCUCUCCACGACCUUCUCUGCCCUUGAGCGAAGCGUCAGCGACGCUAUGGCACUUGAGCUUUUCCCGAAACUUCAGCGAGUCACCGAUAAAGUGAGGCAGCUUUGCUCUAUCGUCGACGAGCGUGCGCAGAAGGCACAACAGAGGCAAUCGCUUCCCCACGCUAGGGCAGAGUGGAUGUGCGAGGCGGUACGCGCACUCCAUCGAAUUGCCCACGCCUCGCUAGAGUCGGAGGACGCCGAGGCAACAAAGCCCUCCGUUGCCGCGCCUUGUAUUCCCCCUCCCUCGCCUCAGCAAGCGAUGGGCAUUGUGCAAAAGAGUCACGUGUUCCCCACACCGAGUGAUGCGAUUUGGUGGGAGCUGUACGCUGGUCUUCAGGGCGUGCUGCACCGUACCGCCCUUUCCAGUGCGAGCACCGCUCUCGGAAAGAGCGAGGAAGUUGCGGAGAGUCGUUUAGAGCUACAACGGCAACGCCUACUCGCCCUGUUAGAAGAGAUGACGAUGUGGCUUGUCGAGGAUACAAGUGCCGCUCGCUGA